UUAUUAUAUAUAUAUAUAUAUAUAUUUGUGUUUGUAUGGUGAUUUGUUAGUUGAUGCUGCAAAGUUGGAGAUCAAUAAUUAUAAUAAUAAGCUAUUUUUUCAUCUUCUUCGCACUCAUGGGAGCAGAGGUUGUCUUGGAUGUCCUAAGGUCCCAUUUAUGACUGAUCAUAAAAAACCAACUGGAAAUCUUAAAAAAGACUCAGCCACAAAUAAAGGUAGUGUGGUACAAGACUUUUGGAGCAGUGGAACAUACGAGAUGGAUAAUAGUGCAGCUCAGUCACAAUUAAGUGCUUCAUCGGUUAGCAUGUCGAACCCAAACCUUGAUGGCCAUUUUAGUUCAGGAAGCAAUCCUCCUGAAUUUGUAAAUCGUGGCCUUCUUCUUUGGAAUCAGACAAGGCAACAAUGGAUAGGAGAAAAGGGAUCCAGUCACAAUAAAAAAGCUCGAGAACCUGCUAUAAGUUGGAAUGCAACAUAUGAUAAUCUGCUUGGGAGCAACAAGCCCUUUGCGCGGCCAAUCCCUCUUCAGGAAAUGGUGAAUUUUCUAGUAGACGUUUGGGAAGAAGAGGGAUUGUAUGACUGAAUCAUUGCAAGAAAGAAGACAAAACAAAAGAAUGGAUCUGCAUUUUCUGGUAAACUGCAACAUGAUUAUUAAGUUGAUAUGGUUGUGCAGAGUUUGUUUACAUUUUGGCUGGUCUGAACCUAUGAACCAGGGUUCAAUCAACCUCUGUGACCCUUUCAGGAUCUUUGUGGUUUUAAGAAAUAACUUAUCCUACCCAAGUAAAUGUAGUCACUGAUGCACAAGAUUUAUAUUGUGUCGGUUAACACUCUCUUCAGCUGGAAAUUUCUUUAUAGCGUUGAAAGAUAAUUCACUCAAUCAUUUCAAUUGGUAA